AUGGCUGAGCUCUUUGAGACGCUGGCGCGGGAGCUGAGCUGCUCCAUCUGCCUGUGCGUCAUGUCGCCGCCCGUGGCCCGCCUCCCCUGCUGCCACUACUUCUGCAUGGGCUGCAUCCAGCAGUCGGUGCGCCACAAGGCGCAGUGCCCGGUGUGCAAGUGCAAGGUGGGGCGGCGGGACAUCAGCAGCGACGACACGAUGGACAGGGUGGUGCUGGCAUUUGCUGACCUGGACGCUCACAAAGAGGAGCUGAUUCCGAGCAGCAGCGACGACGAGGACGACGACAUGGACGCUGAGGUGGCGCCAGCUGGGGAAGACGCUGACGUGGCACCAGUUGAGGAGGCGGAGGCAGGGGCCGGCAGCCCGCAGCCGCACAUGCGGCACCAGCCGCAGCAGCAGCAGCAGGAGAGGAGCCUGACCCUGUUUGAGACGGCUCGGGACAGCCUGGACGGCGGGCAGUCGCCGGCAAUGGGCAGCGCUGGCAGCGGGCAUCGGCAGCAGCAGCAGCUGCAGCAGCAGGAGGGGGAGGGGGAGGAGGCUGCCGAUGGCCAGCCGCCUGCUGCGGGCGGCAUCUGCUGGCUGGCGGGAGUCGACAAUGAGGAGUAUCGCUCCCCCAGCGUCAGUUUCGCCGCCUCCGGCCACCAGCGGCGGCAGCCGGCGGCGGCGGCGGCGGCCGAUGCGCGGCGGCUGUCGCUUCACAGCGUGCGCACCAAGCCAGCUCAGGGCGAGGAAGAGGGGCAGGAGCAGGAGCAGGAGGAGGCAGAGGCUGCUGGUGCUGGCGCUGGCGCUCACGCAGCGACCGCAGGCAAGGAGAACGGCGGCCGGCAGCAGGAGCAGCCCGCGACCGGCCGCAGCGGCGGCUGGCAGCAGCGCGCCCCCAAGACGGCGGCAGCGCAGCGCCAGCGGCGGGCGGAAGGCAACCAGGCAAUCACGGAAUGGCUGCCGCCCGCGCAGCAGGGAAGCCAGGCGCGGGACAAGCAGCAGGGCAGGCAGCCGGCUGCCGCCGCUGCCGCGCAAGGUGCCGCCGAGGCUGGCGGCAGCCUGCAGCGUGGCAAGGAGCAUCGGAAGGCGCCGGGCAGGGCUGCAGGCGGCCACGAGGAGGCAGAUGGGUAUGGUAGGGAGGCAGCUGUCUCAGCUCCUGGCGUGUCUUCUGAUCUGCGAGGCCUUGCUGACGACAUUGCUGCCACCGCUGCCGCCGUGGCGGCUGCCGCAGCCCCCGCCCACAGCAGCCAGGCCGCCAGCGGCGCCGGGCAGCUGACGCCGGCGCAGGCGGCGCAGGCGGCCGCCCCGGCGACCGACAGGGUGACUGUGCAGGAGGAGGCAGCUGUCGCCGCUGGCCAGCCAACAGUUGUGCGGCCCGCGCCCGCACCAGGCAGGGCCAAGGGCGGCGCCCGAAGCGCUGCCUCCGGGCGCAAGCGCGCCUCUGGUGCUGUCGAUGCCGCUCAGGCAGCCGCCGGCGACGAGGACGGCGGCGCCGGCACCGCCGCCAGCGGCAAGCGCGGCAAGAAGGCCGCUGCGGCGAGCGGCCCCGCCUCUGCCGCCGCCGCCCGGCGCAAGUCUGCGCCAGCGGUUGCCCCCAGCGCGGCAGCAGCAGCGGAUGGGGCCACGCCGGCCGCGGCAGCAGCCGGUGCCGCGGCUUGGGUGGCCAGCACCGGCGGCGGUGGCGGUGCAGAGGGCAGCUCGCGUCGCCGCAUCCCGGCCCGCCUGCUGCCUUGGAACUGUGCCCACUGCACCUACGGCAACCUGGGCGCCGCUCACAAGUGUGAGAUGUGCGGGCUGAAGAAGAAAGUGCUGGCAGGCGCUGAGCUGGCGGUCCUAGCUGGCGCCACGCCGGCCGCGGCCGCAGCGCAGCGCUUGCAGGAUGUGGCCUCCCCAGCCGGCGAGGCAGGUGAGGCAGCUGCAGCAGAGGCAGCGGCCACGGAGGCGGCAGCGGCAGCAGCCGGGCAGGCCGCCGGGCGGCAGCAGCGCCAGCGCAAGAUGAGCGGCGGCGGCGGCGGCGGCGGCGGCAGCGGCAAACGACGCAAGGUCGCCGCACCCUCCGCAGCAGCAGCAGCAGCGGCCACUGCGGCUGCUGAGCCGGCGCCUGCGCCCGCUGCGCCCUCCCCUGCCGCGGCGGCCUCGCCCUCCCCGGCGCCGUCGCCAGCAGCCGCGGCCGAGGCCGGCGGCGGCUGCUGGAGCGACCGCAGCGCCAGCUCUCGCUGGCUGCUGCUGAGCUCGUCGCUGUCGGCCGCGGGGCGGCAGCAGCUGCAGCAGCUGGCGGCGGCCUCCGGGGCGGCGGUGGCAAAGGAGUGGAGCGGCGGCGUGACCCAUGUGGUGUGCGGCACGGCGGAGGGGGCGGCCAGGCGCACCUUCAAGUUCCUGCGGGGCGUGGCGGGGGCCAAGGCGGUGGUGCACGAGGGCUGGCUGGCGGCCUGCCUGCAGCGGGGCGGGCCCGCAGAGGAGGAGCCCUUCAUGGUGGCGCGGGACCACGCCGGGUGCGAGGGCGGCGCGGCGGCGGCGCGGGCCAGCGCGGGCCUGGGCCUGCCGCCGCUGCUGCGCGGGUACGAGGUGUACCUCGCAGGCGAGUUUGCCAAUGGUGGUGAGGUUGCCGAGCUGCUGCAGGCGGCGGGCGCAAAGCGGCUGUCGCGCCCGCCGACAGCCACCCACAGCGCCGCCCGCGGCGGGCCCUGCACCAGCUUCCUGCUCUGCGAGGCUCCCGACGCCGGCGGCAGCCCCCACCAGCAGCAGGCGGCUGCGGCGGCGGGGCCAGCGGGGCAGCAGGGCGGCGCGGCGUCUGCAGCGGCGGUGCCGAAAGUGGUACCGCCGGCGCUGGCGGCUGCCAAGUGGUACCAAAAGGCGGCGGAGGCGGGGGUGCCGGUGGUGAGCCGCCGCUGGCUGCUGGACAGCAUCAGCUCCUACACAGUCAAGCCCCUGGCGCCCUACCUCCUGUAA